CGGGCGCGCUGUCCGUCCGUGCCGCGCGCCGCCGCCGCCGCCAUGGUGCGCUUCAAGAACAGGUACGUGCUCUGCGAGGUGGUCUCGGAGGACCCGCGGUGCCGGCAGUGCAUCGAGGACCGCGCGCUGGGCCUCGCCGUCAGAGACGCCAUCGCGCGGGUGCACGGGGACUACGGCCUGGCGUGCUGCUCCAUCUCCUUCACAGGUGCGGGCGAGACGGGCGGCCCCGGGGCUGCGGGGUCGCUCCGGCUCCGCUCACCCGUGCGUGUGUCCCGCAGUGAAGUACCUGAACGCGUACACCGGCACGGUGCUGCUGCGCUGCCGCAAGGACUCGUACCGGCUGCUGUGCUCCGCGCUGCCCUUCGUGCGGUACCUGGAGAGCCGCGCCCAGCGCUACCCCUGCUUCCUCAACACCCUGCACGUCGGAGGUCAGGAGCCCCCCGGGCCUGGCGGGAGGACGGAGCUUUAAUCAUACCUGCCACGACGCCGUGGUGCUGCUCUGGGUACCAUAAGAACAUGUCAGAAAUUCCUGAUUCAGUAUAACAGAACACAACUGCUGAGGUUGUUGCAAAACUGUACAAAUGAAGAGGAAAGACAAUGUAUACAGAAGUCCUUGCUGAGCUGUUCCCUUACAGAAGAGCAGUCUCAAAGUGGAGAUGAGGAGGAGGAUGAUGACACAGAGACAGACUGAAUGUCACUUGUUACCGUUCAUCUCUAUUCUGUACUUGUUUAAUCAAGACGUGACUGGUUAUCUUCAGUGUUAAACAGUGCAUGGGACUGGAAAAGCAUUUGUUCAUAUUUAGACUUCAUUCCCCAUUCCAAAUGUUUUUAAACAAACUUUUAAAAAAUAAAAUAUUAUUUCCCUUAA